UUAAAUUAACAAUAUACAUUAGGCUAUUAGCUCUUGUGCGCUGUUUUCUCUUCUUUCCUCUUAUUCUUUAGUUCACAGCCCGGGGAACCAAUGGCCACUUCUAACGACAACGACGUAGAGUCAGGAGAUGAACUGUUUGAAGAUGCAGUUGAAGUCCAGCAGUCAACUGCCAAUGGACACUGCGAUGCUAAAAGGAUGCCAGUAGCUAAUCCUGACGCCUUUGAGUUCCUCUUCCCAAUGCUACUAGAGCAAUCUUCGAUAACAUCUUUUAGAAAAAAGCUCCCGUUUCCAAGAGAAAGGAGCACAGUUGGACUGUGGGCUUUCUUAAAGAACCUCGUUGGUAAGGAUGUGACUCGCAUAUCAAUGCCCAUCACCUUUAAUGAACCGAUUUCAUUUUUACAAAGACUGUGUGAGGAUGUAGAGUAUAUUGAACUCUGUCACAAAGCAGCAGAGGCGGAAACAAUUUACGAUAGAUUAGCAUAUCUAGCUGCACUAGCAUCAUCUUGCUACGUGUGCACUUUAACUAGACACAGUAAGCCGUUCAAUCCAUUGCUUGGUGAGACAUACGAGUUAGUUAGGAAAGACUUAGGAUACUGCCUCAUUGCAGAACAGGUAAGCCAUCAUCCUCCCAUCACUGCUCUACACUGUGAAUCGGACAAGUGGGUAUUUUGGGAGGAGUACAAACUAGACAUCAAAUUCAGAGGACAGUGGGUUCGUAUCCAACCGACUGGUUUAGUUCAUUUCAAAACAAAGUUAGACGGUUACCAUUAUUCGUGGAACAAACCUCACACGACUGUACACAAUCUCAUUAUCGGCCAGUUGUGGGCGGAUCAUGAGGGCGUGGUCACAGUAACCUCACACCAAACAGGUGACCGGGCCGUGGUGAAUUGGAACCCGCACAGCAAAUCAAAGGAUAACUAUAAGCAGAUUAAUGGUGAAGUGACGACUAAGGAUGGUAUUGUCAUUUAUAAUCUCGAGGGACGAUGGGACAAAGGAAUGGACAGGGUUGACCCAGAUGGUAGCAAUAGGAACAACUUGUGGACUGCACACGAGCCACUACCUGAUAAUGACAGACAGUAUGGAUUCACUCUUUUCUCCAUGAGUCUUAAUGAACAUGAUGAUAGUGUUGAGUGCCCAACUGACUCAAGAAGGAGACCAGACCAAAGGCUCCUUGAAGAAGGACAGAUUGAAGAGGCUGGAGAAGAGAAGGUAAGACUAGAAGAGAAGCAGAGAGCAGCCAGGAAAGCAAGAGACAAGAAGAAGGAAGAAUGGAAGCCCAGAUGGUUCACAGAGAAGUUUGAUCCAGACACUAAUACUUCUUAUCACGUGUUUGAUGGUCACUACUGGGACGCUAAACUGAACAAGGACUAUACAGUAUGUCCCGAUAUUUUCUAAUAUUUCUCCCACCACCUCCUCCUCCUCAAUAUAAUAUUGCUAAAAACACCAUUAUAGCUACUUUUCUGCUUAUUAUUAUUAUUAUUAUUAUUAUUAUUAUAAUUUGUC